GAACCAAAUGAAAGGUUUUCCAACUCGGGAUCCCGGGUCCGAACCCGCCACCGGCAAACAAAAAAACCCGAUCAACGUACAUUUUACAGAAAACCGACAUCCAAAACCUCAAAAACCUAGUGUCGGCCAAAGCACCGGAUAUGGUCCACCUAUCGUCUUUCACAGUGACGACGGCUUACGUAUGGUCCUGCCUGGCCAGAUCGGCGGCCCCCGCCGGAGAAUCGGUCGCCGUCGACGCCAGGCACAGACUCGACCCGCCGGCGCCGGCGGGGUACUUCGGGAACUGCGUGGCGUUUGUGGUGGCGGAGUUGACGCACGGGAGGCUGAGAGACGAGGAGGAGGGUUUUGUGGCUGCGGCGGAGUUGGUCGGAGGGCUUAUUGGGAAGAAGGUGAAUAGGAAAGAAGAGCUUAUGAGAGACGCAGAUGAUUGGCUGGUGAAGUACGGCCCGUUAAUGGGUAAACGGGUCAUGGGCGUGGCCGGGUCGCCGAAGUUUGACCUGUACGGGACGGAGUUUGGGUGGGGGAAGCCGGUGAAGUACGAGUGUGUGUCGAUUGAUGCAGAGGUGAAUGAAUCUAUAUCGCUCUGUAAGUCGAGGGAAUUCGACGGAGGCUUGGAGAUUGGUUUGUGUUUGCCGAAGAAGAAAAUUGAAGCAUUUGAAACUUUCUUUUAUCAUGGAUUAAAAUAUUAAUAUUGUACUUAUGAUUAAUUAAAAAAAAUGAUUUAUAUUUUCUUUUCAUGAGAAAGUUGUGCAUGCUUAUCAAUUUCGAAGCAUUGGGGUA